AUGCAUGCUGAAGCAAAUCAGACUCAGAGGUGCUCAAGCCCAGAAGCGAAGCCUGGCGCGUUCCUCACCCCACCUACUUCGCCGGCCACCUCCAGGGUAGUUCGACCAGAGCGUCAAGAGAAAACCCCUUCACUAGCUCGGAGUGACCUCGUGCCCAGAACUCCUCCAGCAAGUCCCCAGAAGGGACAAAGCUCAGAGGGCGACGAAAAAAAUAGAGCAAACCAGCAUUGGAGUUCAAUACUUGAAUCUUUGAAAGAUCGGUGGGGUGUUCACAAAGGACAAUGUGGUGCUCUAACGAAGAUGAAUAUGCCUUGCGGACAAGGUGUGCGAUCGAGGAAGUUUCAGCUCAAUAAAUUGAUUUCCUCCAUGGCCAAUAUGCCCGCGGAUCCGGAUAAUAAAUUGAAUGAGCUGGUUUCUCUCACUCUUUGCAAGGCACAUCAAAAGCAAACCAGCUCUAGACUUGGAGAAAUGUUGGAUUCUUGCCCCACAGGAUCGGGUAUGGAACAAACAAGAUGGUUUAUUGCCACGCGCAUCAAGAACAUUGUCCCUAAGGCCUGCACCGAGUGUCUUGCAGAUGGGCAUGUCCAUGAUUCUCGCGAUAGUAAGAUAGGAGGUCGGAAUGUCCAGAUUAUACAAGAGAUACUGUGGAAGGUAACCACACCUUAUAUAUAUUCCGAUGAUACAAGACUUCAGGCGCACCUUGAAGUACUAGGGCAAUGUGUCUUCUGCCCUCUUCAUAGAGACAAGGAAAAGCCAACAAGCGUCAGAGAAUGGAUGUCCAACAUUCAGGCUAUCCACCCUCCUAUCAAACUAGCACAGUCAAUAUCAACAGCCCCAGCCGCAGCUAAGAUUGCCUCUCCCAAGCAGCUUAUUCGAGAUGACAUCCCCACCCUUGCAAGCAUUGAGCAGAUAGGGUAUGACACCUCUCCAUUCACGGUUGUCGAACGAUAUAGUCCGAAUUUUGUCAAAUGUACACAGGCAGCGUUGAAGUCCAGGUCAGGAUCACCGGAGGGAUAUGUCUAUGCAUAUAAAGUCAAGGGAAACUCAGGCUUUGUGAAGAUCGGUUACACGGGCUUCACGAGUCAGACAAGAUUCGAAGAUAUUGCCUUCACGUGCAACAGGAAACCGAUGGAACUUUACCCUACGUCAACAGACACAGACAAUAAAAUAAAAAACCCUAAAGUAGUCGAGGCUUUGUGCCACGCGCAGCUGCGAGAGCACCAGGUGACAAUAGACUGCGAUGCCUGCUUGUCGAACCACAGAGAAUGGUUUUGUGUCGCCCCCGAGGAUGCAAUUGGCGCUAUCCAGAAGUGGUCGAGUUGGAUGGAGAAAUUCACAGCUGAGCCGAACUGGAGGCAAAAGUUAGACGAUAAAAUAGAGAAGAUGAAGGAUCUGGGGCGGCUAUUGAAGGAGCUGGAAGGAGAAACUCUAUGA